ACGCAUUUUAAUAUUUUGGAAAAAAACUUCCGGCAAUCGAUAGAUCUCCAGUCCGUGAAUAUAAAUCAAUAAAAAUGUAAAAAAUGAUGAAAUCAGUGUUUUCAUCAUAUAAUGUAACCUUAAACCUUUUUAAAGUCUUAGAACAUACAAAUCUUUAUUUGCUGCCGCAGCGAGCGAGCCUGAAGCGAGCGAGCAAGGCAGCAGAUCCUAAUUUUGUUUUGUGGGUCGAAAUCAAAAUUUUCUAUUUGGCGCAUUGCAUGACGGUACCAGUGAAUUUUAACCGUGGUGCAGCGCGGUCAGGCAUAUUAAAGGCAAACAGGCAAUGUGAUCAUCUUUCAUCUUUGGUCUUCUUUUAUGGAAAGCCAUAGCUGGCUUAGAGUGAUCAAACGGCAUUUUGUUGGGUGCUUUUAGUAUUAUACGGCGGUGCUUUCGGCAUUAUACACGGUGCUUUCGCCAUUAUACGCGGUGGUUCCAGUAUUAUACGCGGUGCUUUCACCAUUUAUAUACGCGGUGCUUUUGCAAUUAUACGCAGUGGUUCGAGCACUAUAUACGGUACUUUUAAUAUUAUACGCGAUGCUAGCUUUCAUUCAACAUUUCCAUAUUGUUUCCAUGACAUGUAUAUGAUUUAACGAUUGCUUAAAUUUGGUAUGUGGUUGACAAAUGCUUUUUGCCUAUGGUCUGCAUGGACAAUGACAUGCUUUUCUGUGUAUAUACAUGUAAAUUAAUAUAACGCAGCGAAUGCGCCAAACAGUAUAAACGCGGCUGAAAUACGAUAUUAAAAUCUUAAAUGUGCCGUAUGAUUUAAUUAUGUUUUAGGAUUUACAAAUGCUUUGUCAUUUGUAUUUAUACUUGUACCGCAUCACAAGGCAGUACGUAAGUGAAAAAAUUCCACAUGUGAGAUUGUCUUGUAUACAUUUUUGCUUUCUUUGAUAAACAUUAUUAAUUAAACACGCAAAUUUUAAUUUAAACACGCAAAUUUUAAUUAGUGAGACGCAAUGUUAAAUGUCACCUGCAUGUCAUUGUCAUUGCCCUUUAACCCCUGGUCUAAUUGGCCGCUUUUGAAAAUGUUGAUCAUGACGAACCGCACUGCCUUAAUUAUGCAAACUUUGUGUUUUAAAGAGGGGUUAGGAUAAAACGCGGAUACGGACGGACGGAUGGUGACGGACGGACCGGAUGACAUAUAUAUGUCAUUAUAUAGUCUGCUCGCAGCCGCGCAGGGUAGUUAGUGGCUUACGUCUUCGCUGGUUGUUAUACUUUAAAAUAAUUUUGUAUAUACCGAGAAAUCAAUAUUCCGAGUAUAUAAAUAUAUAAACUGGGAUGUCACACUGAUAGCUUGUUUACAUUUCCUGGAGCAUCAUGAAAUCUUAUGUUUAACCACGGUGGUUUAACCCAUUAGCUGGCAAUGCGCCCUUCCCUUGUCCAACGCCAGAAGAUUUUACUCGUCAGUGGUAUAGGGUACUGCCAGUAAAUUGGUUAACAAACCUAUCUGCCAAUGGCUCUUGUUAAUUCAUUAACACAGUAAUGACCCCUACUUUAGUAUUUACCCUGUCCAACGCCAGACGAUUUUUAAUACUCAGUCAGUGGUAGGGUACUGUCAAUAAAUGGGUUAACAAGGAUAACAAUACCCUGUAGUUUGUCUUUUGCUGUCAAAGGCAGCAUUACUGCCCUGUGGGUAACCUAGUCUAUAUUAAUGAAUUACUUUUUCUACGUCGUGCGAGGCUUCAAAAUCCAUCAAUACGCAUAGAAGAACGGGGCUGAUGUUUUCUGGGGGGGAGGGGGGGCAGUUGAAAGUUUGCCCGAAUUUUUAUGGAGAAUUGUAAAGAAAUAACCUGAUUUUAACAUAUUUUCUCAUAAAUCUGCCCGAAUUUUCUUGAUUUUUCCUAGCGUUUGCCCGAAUUUCCAUGGUUUUCCAAAAUUUUGGGGGGCAGUUGCCCCCUCCCCGCCCCCUGUCUCGUACGCCUAUAUCAAUAAGGCAUUUACAACAUGAACAUAAUACGAAGCCAAAGUGAAAGUGUGAAAGAAACUAAAGAAAGCGUGCUAAUUCUCGUAUUUUACUCGUAUGUACUCGUAUUUUACUCGUAUGUACUCGUACGUACUCGUAUUUACUCGUAUGUUACGCGUGUGUACUCGUAUGUUACUCGUAUGUACUUGUAUGUACUCGUAUGUACUCGUGUGGUGUUUUAGUCACGAUCGUAUAUAGUUCAACAUUCAAGUUGGACAGCUACAACGCAUGUUCAAAAAACAUUCGUUCAUCAUGAUCUAUUAUCAGGACAUAUUCAUGAUAUUUACAUAAACAUUAGCUUCGAUUUACUCGGCUACAACUAACCAUAUCGCCAAAAUAGUUGGUUAACUUGACUUAGCCCAAUACACUUAAUAUAUUUCAAGCAAUACAAAGUAUUCACAUCCAAUCUGUAUAUGCUGGUCCUUCUUAGGUUACAAAAAACCCCCCAAAAAUUGUCAAAUUAAAAGUUCUUUGUAGAUUGAAUUUUCGAACUUAAAAUACACUUAUACACAAUCACGGGAAUACUUACUUGUUGUACUGCUAAAGUGCUAUCCAUUUCUUCAAAAGGCUCAUCAGGCCAACUGUACAUUGCCUAUAUAUAAGAAUAACAUUGUAAACAUUUUAGUGCAAUUUGUUACUGUCUAAAUAGCCA